AUGGAGCUCCCAACCAUUGAGCAACUGAACUUGCAGUCCAGCCCAGCUGAGAUCGAGGAAUGGGCCGAACGAUUGGAACUGUGGUAUAGCAUUCGCAAAGAUGGCGCUCAAAACCAAUCAGCUCUAUCCCUCACUGCAGGCGGUUGCGAUUUCUGUUCUCUUUUGAAAAAUCUGGCGUUUCCUGAGGCUCCAUCUAAACUACCCUAUGAGUCCCUUAAAUCGUCGCUGCUUAACGAUCAGCUGCCCACAGCCUUCCAGGCACACGAGAGAGUUAAAUUCAAUUUGCUGAUUUUUGCUGAACAUUUCUCCUGCCGUGAGUUUAUUGUGCAGCUUAACAUACAGGUACCACGCUAA